CCCCGCUGCGGUGGCCGGGCUGGGAAGAUGGCGGCGCUCGUGUCGCCCUUGGCUACAGCGCCGUGGCUGCUGCGGGCUCCGCGGCGCUGCGCCCGCCUGCUCCCGGCGCUCAGAGCAUACACAGCUCAGGCAGAGAAGAAGACAGGCCCUGGUACUUCUACAGAUGCUCACGCCAGAGCCUUGUUGGUUUGCAAUGGACCUUUAGAACAUUAUGACUUUCUGAUUAAGCAAGAAGAGCUGAAGAAUGAUGAGCAACAAAGAAGAGUUGUGCAGCACCUGCAGAAGUUACAUGAGAGCCUUAAAGGCUACAGCAUUGAUUCAAAAAAUCUUUUCUCAAAGCUCCUUGCCAAAAACAAACCCCCAAAAGGUGUUUAUGUCUAUGGAGAUGUGGGCACAGGAAAGACAAUGGUGAUGGACAUGUUCUAUUCUCACUUAGAAGUAGAAAGAAAAAAGAGAGUCCAUUUUCAUGGUUUCAUGUUGGAUGUACACCAGAGAAUACAUCGCCUUAAGCAGAGCUUGCCAAAGAGAAAGGCAGGAUUUAUGGCCAAAUCAUACGACCCAAUUGCACCGGUGGCAGAGGAAAUCAGCAAAGAGGCUGCUCUCUUAUGUUUUGAUGAAUUUCAGGUCACUGACAUUGCUGAUGCCAUGAUUCUGAAGCAGCUUUUUGAAAAUCUCUUCCAAAAUGGGGUUGUCGUUGUGGCAACAUCUAACAGGCCGCCAGAAGAUCUCUAUAAAAAUGGUCUUCAGAGAGCUAAUUUUGUACCAUUCAUUGCUGUGCUGAAGAAAUACUGCAACACAGUCCAGCUUGAUUCUGGAAUAGACUACAGGAAACGAGUGCUUCCAGCUGCUGGAAAACUUUACUACCUCACAAGUGAAGCUGAUGUGGAGGCUGUCAUGGAUAAGUUGUUUGAUGAGCUGGCUCAGAAACAAAAUGAUUUAACUAGACCAAGGAUUCUAAAAGUGCAAGGCAGAGAGCUGAGGCUGAAUAAAGCGUGUGGAACCAUUGCAGACUUCACGUUUGAAGAGCUAUGCGACAGACCUCUUGGAGCCAGUGACUAUUUGGAAAUAUCAAAGCAUUUUGACACAGUGUUCAUUCGUGACAUACCACUUCUUACAAUAGUAAAAAGGACACAAGCUCGUCGUUUCAUUACUCUUAUUGAUACCUUUUAUGAGCAUAAGGUGCGUAUUAUCUGUUCUGCAGUGACUCCUCUCGAAAGCUUGUUCCUGGUGGAACACAGCAGCGGUGAGCAACAGGACAACAGAGUGUUGAUGGAUGAUUUGGACUUGAGCCAGGAUUCUGCCAAAGGACUCUCCAUGUUUACAGGAGAAGAAGAAGUCUUUGCCUUUCAGCGUACUCUGUCGCGACUUACGGAGAUGCAAACUGAACAGUACUGGAAAGAUGGGGACAGAAGCAAAAAGCAUAAUUAAAAGUUGAAUGAAAUCACCAAGAAGUAAACGUACAGCACUGGAAAGCUUUUUAGCACAACUGAAAUAAUAAUUGCACUUUAUCAUCUGGA